UAAAAAUUGAAAAAUCAAUUUAACAAAAGAAAAACAAACAAGGACGAGAGACAGAACCCCAUUAAUUUAAUUUUCAAGGUUGAACUGUUGGACAUUGAUGAUGUCGCCGUGUUUGUUGGUGUUUCUGUUCUUCAUCUCUACAGUGUCGGCAACACCUCAUUUGCUUCGACGUCGUUUGUCUGAAUCUGCAAGAUAUCUGACUAAGGAAGAAUUGUGGUUCCCCCAAACCCUCGAUCACUACUCUCCCUAUGAUCACCGCAAAUUCCAACAGCGUUACUAUGAGUUCCUUGACCAUUUUCGGAUUCCAGAUGGACCGGUGUUUUUGGUGAUCUGUGGUGAAUAUUCAUGCGAUGGGAUAAGAAAUGACUAUAUUGGUGUUCUGGCAAAGAAGUUUGGAGCAGCUGUGGUUUCUCUUGAGCAUCGCUAUUAUGGGAAGAGUUCGCCAUUUAAAUCUCUGGCGACAAAAAAUUUGAGAUAUCUUUCAUCUAAGCAGGCGCUCUUUGAUUUGGCUGUUUUUCGCCAGAAUUACCAGGACUCUUUAAAUGCAAAGCUUAAUAGAACAAAUGCCGACAAUCCCUGGUUCGUAUUUGGUGUUUCAUAUCCUGGAGCUCUCAGUGCAUGGUUCCGUCUUAAGUUUCCGCAUUUAACAUGUGGAAGUCUUGCAAGUUCUGCAGUUGUUCUUGCUGUUUACAACUUCACAGAAUUUGAUCAGCAGAUUGGUGAGUCAGCAGGUGUUGAAUGUAAGGCAGCAUUACAAGAAACCACUCGACUUAUCGAACGAAAACUUGUAACUAAUGGAAAGGCAUUGAAGGCUUCUUUUAAUGCAGCUGAUCUUGAAAUUGAUGGUGACUUCUUGUAUUUCUUGGCUGAUGCUGCUGUUACAGCGUUUCAAUACGGGAAUCCUGAUAUAUUAUGCAAGCCUCUUGUUAAAGCGAAGAAGGACGGCGAGGAUUUGGUGGAUGCUUAUGCCAAAUUUAUCAAAGAGUUUUACCUUGGAACUGAAGGUGAAAGUACACAAGAUUAUAACCAAAACAACUUGAAGAACGCCGCUAUCACUGAAAACAGUUCUGGUAGACUGUGGUGGUUUCAAGUUUGUACUGAGGUUGCAUACUUUCAGGUGGCUCCCUCAAAUGACAGUAUACGCUCCUCAAAAGUCGACACAAGAUACCAUUUGGACCUUUGCAAAAAUGUCUUUGGAGAGGGCAUAUUUCCUGAUGUUGAUGCAACUAAUAUAUAUUAUGGAGGCACAAAAAUUGCUGGUUCCAAAAUAGUAUUCACAAAUGGCUCACAGGAUCCUUGGCGUCGUGCAUCAAAACAAAUUUCAUCACCUAAUAUGCCUUCCUACACUAUCACUUGUCAUAAUUGUGGCCAUGGAACUGACAUGCGAGGAUGCCCUCAAAGUCCCUUUAACAUUGAAGGCAAUGAGAAGAACUGCACAUCCCCUGAUGCUGUUCACAAAGUUAGACAAAAGAUCAUAGAGCAUAUGGAUUUAUGGUUGUCUCAGUGUCAGGACACGGGCAGGACUUGUAUAUAAGAUUUGUAUGAGUUGCAUGAUGUACAACUAGAAGUUACUCUGGUUUCUAGUAUUAAUACUUAAUUAUAUGUUGUGCUUUGAAUAAUCUUGUGUAAGUUGAUCAAAUGCAAGGCAAAACAUAUUUGUACAAAGUUAUUUUAUAUCGUUCAAUCUCAAGAUAAUAGUGUACCAGUUAUAUAUUUAUAACAUUUGGGUGUCAUUGGCCUAUAGUGAAAA